CACUUAGCGAGAAGCUGAAUCACCUUCUUGCAUUACCCUCCCCUGACCUUGAUCUAAAGAUGGCCAGGAGACCCAGGAACAGUCUAUACAGCUCAGAGGAUGAAGAUGAUGACAUAGAAAUGUAUGAGCAUGACUAUGAUGGUAUACUGUCCAAGGGAAAACGACACCUUGGAAAAACCCGCUGGACACGUGAAGAGGAUGAGAAACUCAAGAAAUUAGUGGAACAGAAUGGCACAGAAGACUGGAAAGUUAUUGCCAGUUUCCUUCCUAACCGAACAGAUGUCCAGUGCCAACAUCGAUGGCAAAAGGUUUUAAACCCAGAACUUAUCAAAGGUCCAUGGACAAAAGAAGAGGAUCAACGGGUAAUAGAGCUUGUACAAAAGUACGGCCCUAAGCGCUGGUCAGUUAUUGCCAAGCACUUAAAAGGGAGAAUUGGCAAACAAUGUCGAGAAAGAUGGCAUAACCAUCUCAAUCCAGAGGUGAAGAAGACUUCUUGGACUGAAGAAGAAGAUCGUAUUAUAUAUGAUGCACACAAGCGUCUUGGAAAUAGAUGGGCAGAGAUUGCAAAGCUCCUUCCUGGAAGAACUGAUAAUGCCAUCAAGAAUCAUUGGAAUUCUACAAUGCGUCGUAAGGUUGAGCAGGAAGGGUAUCUUCAGGAAUCAGCUAAACUCAACCAGCAAUCUUUAACACCAAGCUUCCAAAAGAACAGCCACUUGAUGGCAUUUAGCCACACAACUCCAUCUGCGCAGCUUGCACAAUCGAGCCAACCUCCAGUGAACAACUACACUUACUACCAUAUGCCAGAGCAACAAAAUGCUGCUUACCCUGUAGCACUCCAUGUAAAUAUUGUGAAUGUUCCACAACCAGCAACUGCAGCUGUCCAGAGACACUAUAAUGACGAAGACCCAGAAAAGGAAAAGCGUAUAAAAGAGUUAGAGCUUCUUCUAAUGUCUACUGAGAAUGAACUUAAAGGGCAACAACAGACACUACCGAAUCAUGGGUCAGACUAUCCCGUAUGGCACAGCACAGCCAUUGCUGAUAAUUCCAGGCCCCAUGGCGACAGCGCUCCAGCAUCUUGCCUUGGGGAGCACCAGCAUCCUACUCCAUCCCCACCUAUAGAUCAUGGCUGCCUGCCGGAAGAGAGCGCCUCCCCAGCCAGAUGCUUUGGUUUCAACUUGUUUAUCCAGAUGAAGAAUAUGCAAGAGUACUCAGAAACACAGAUUAUAGAUUCCGAUCCUUCGUCGUGGGGCAAAAUCAAGCAGUUUGAAAACCAUGAGCAAGCAGAUUCCUCACCCAGCAAAACUCCCUCAGGGCAGGCUUCAGAGCCCGAGGAAGGAUCAGGCAGCAUGUGCAGCUUACGGGGUUACUCCGAUACAAGCUUAAGCAAUAGCAUGUUGUGUCAAGAGUCACCCGCCUCACCCAGCUCCCUAGAUACCACAAAAUGCACCCCAUCGCCGCUGACCUUCCAACGCAAAAAGAGUGGGCCUCUGAACCACUCGGCCAAAGGAGACAGAGGUCUCUUCAUCGUGGCUGGCAUCAGCAGUUCUACGCCCAAGCGGUCCCCAAUCCAAAGCCUGCCAUUCUCUCCCUCCCAGUUUUUAAAUGCCGCACACGAGAGCCUUGAAAUGGAUCAUCCGUCUCUCACUUCCACACCCUUAUGUGCAGCUCACAAGGCUGCAAUUACGACACCACUUCACCGAGAUCAUACGCCAAGACUUCAGAAAGAAAAUCAUAUCCUCAGAACUCCUGCUAUAAAAAGAUCAAUUAUGGAUAGUUCUCCAAGGACUCCCACCCCAUUUAAAAAUGCAUUAGCUGCUCAGGAAUUCAAAUAUGGACCUCUUAAACUUUCGCAUCAUACACCAUUGCACCUUGUAGAAGACUUGCAAGAGGUCAUAAAGCAGGAAUCUGAUGAGUCGGGCAUUGUGGCAGAACUCCAUGAUGAUACUUUAAUAAAAAAAAUUAAACAAGAGGUGGAAUCUCCAACUGAUAAAGUUGGAAGUUUUUUUGGCUCUAGUCACUGGGAAGGAGAGAAUCUCCAUGCUCAGCUCUUCACACAACCAUCUCCUAUGGAUGAUACAGCAAAUCUUCUUACUAGUUCGUUCCUAAUGAAAUCUGCAUUUGAUAAAGAAGAUCAUAUAUUUAAAACAUUUACCGUAUCCAGGAAUCGGUCCUUGGCAAGCCCUUUACAGCAACUCAACAGUGCUUGGGAAGCAAUGUCUUGUGGCAAAACAGACGAUCAAAAAAUUAUAACUGAGCAGCACCGCAAAUACAUGAAAAGCUUUUCCACACUUGUGAUGUGAAGAAGCAAUGGAGAUCAAACGAGCAUUAUUAUUCCGUAAACACUUUGCAACUUUGCAAUUUUGUUCUACGAUGCCUUUGCAUGAAACUACGGGAUCAUUUCAUGAUUGGGAGAAUUUUUGUUGUGGUACAACAGUUGGGAGAAGCACCAAGUGCAUUUUGUUCUAGUCUCUGAGCAUAUUUGUGUUGGAUUACAUCCAACAAAACUUUUAUAUAUACAUAUAUAUAUUAUUUGGAAAGGACGUUGCGGAAAAGACUACCUUGCCUAUAUUUAUAGGCUUAACUUUGUAAAGUAUUUUUUCAUAAAAAGAAAAUAACUUUUUAAAAAAAUUUUUUUUUUUUUUUUUUUAAUUUUUUUUUGAGAACAAGCAAACACACCAGUAUUGUGUUUUUUUUUUUACUUUUGUUGCUUUGUGUUUUUGUUUUUUAAAUUAUAUAUUUGGGGAAAUAAGAGCCGGCACUCUACCAUUCUGUUAUUGAUGGACAAAAUAAAUUGGUACCAAAAUUGGUAGCAAGCAUUAUUACAGGAUUCAAUAUUCAAAAAUAUGAGAACGUAAAAUCAAGCUUGUGAAUUCUUAAAUUUGUUUUAUAUUUGAAGUAUUGUUGUGAUAUAGUCCUGAGAUCAAUUGCUAUUUUGUGCGUUAAAAAAAAAAACACAAUUUUUUUUUUAAUCUUUUUUACAGCUCAUUUUCUUGAAAAUAUUACAGACUGGGAAUACAUAGUUUUUAUAUGAGCAAAUUAUAUUUUUUAUUGAGUAAUUUAAUUUUUUUUAUAUGAAAAGCCAAAUAAAUAACGUAUUUUAAUCCUGCUGCUAAGACUAUAGCAUGUAGACAUGCUGGCAUUGAGAAAGCACAAUAUGCGUUUGUACAAUGAAAACCACUAUGGCAAUGUCUGCUUAAAUAUGCACUAGCAUUUCAUACUAUUAUAUGUUUUAUACAUUUUCUUUUUUCUAAAAAAAAAAAAAAAAUAAUAAUAAAGUACUGGGAGAAUUUAUUUUCAUAAUGGUGUGCACAGCACCUUCACUUGUUUGGGAGAAGACUGUUAACUGUUUGGUUUUGUUUUUUUUGUGUCUUAUUUCUUCAUUCCGUCUUCUAGAUUUUUUUGUUCUGUACAGUACUGCCUUGCUGUCUAGACUUUCACAAAGAUGAGAACACUGUUAAAGACGUGACAUUUGCUGCCUUAAAACAAUUAGUGCAGCAGUUCUGCACUUAUUUUGUACUGCCUUGUAAAAUAAUAAAGUGUGUUUUUGUAUUUUUAAACAAAAAUGUGUCUGUAUAUAAAGUUCUUGUGCUUUCUUUGAUUAACAUAUUUCAGCAGAGUUUGAUAAUUAUUAGAUCUGAGUAACACCUUGUUUUCUGCAACCAUUUUUCAAAGGUC